AUGAAAUUCCUUCUGAUUGCUGCCUGUCUCAUCCUGUAUGUGGCCUCCACCUGUGGCCAGAGAUGCAACGGACUUCCUCGUGGUAAGUGGAAACUUGAAAUCAACUGUGAAGGAGGCAGGGACGAUGGAGUACGUCAGCAACGUCAUUGUAGUCCGAGUCCCAACCGAGAUAUGUGGUGGUACAACCGUCGAACCGGAGAGUGCCUCAAGAUGAACUAUCUCGGAUGUGGCGGAAACAGGAAUCGUUAUUGCACCAAGGCAUCCUGUUUGGAAAGAUGCCGUCGUCGAAAUUAA